UGGCUGUCACUCAUGCACGCUCUGAGCUACAGCUCGCGCGAGGUGAACCGGCGACGUAACCGCGUAACGAAAAGCUGCAGUGACUGAACAACUCCCGGUUAUUUUGGGGUUUGUUGUGUUUUUAAUUAAUGCCGACAUGUUUCCGGUUUUGUUUACUUUCUGCGUGCUAAAUAGAAGUGAUAAGGAUUUCGAAAUGAGUCGUCCGAGGGAAACAUGGUUGCAUUUUCGCCAUGGCAACCGUCGGUAAAGCGUCACGUUCGCCCUAGAGCCGGGUUUUUCCUCCUCCCCCGCUCUGUAAUCUGUCAGGCGGCGGUUUGUUGUUGAUUUUAACGUCAGCGCGCGCCGUUUAACAAACAGAUUGAUAAGGAAGUGCGGGGUGAGUACCGACUAAACCCCUCUCAGCUGUCCGGCUCGGAAAUGGAGGCGGUUAUGGAGAGAGAGUGCAGCGCGCUCGGAGGACUUUUCCAAACAGUCAUCACCGACAUGAAGGGCAGCUACCCGGUGUGGGAGGAUUUUAUCAGCAAGGCUGGGAAGUUGCAGGCGCACCUCAGGGCUACGGUUGUGGCAGUCGCUGCUUUCCUCGAUGCCUUUCAGAAGGUCGCAGACUUGGCCACAGGCAGCAGAGGUGCGACCCGGGACAUCGGUUCAGCUCUGACCAGGAUGUGUAUGAGACACCGCAGCAUAGAGGCCAAACUCAGACAGUUUUCAAUGGUGUUUGUGGACUCAUUGACUAACCCACUGCAAGAGCAGAUGGAGGAGUGGAAGAGAGUCGCCAACACUAUGGAUAAGGAUCAUGCCAAAGAAUACAAACGAGCACGGCAAGAGAUCAAGAAGAAAUCAUCAGACACGCUCAAACUGCAAAAGAAAGCAAAGAAAGGGCGUGGUGAUCUCCAGCCGCAGGUGGACAGCGCUCUGCAGGGGGUGAGUGAUAAGUACGCAUUGCUGCAGGAGACGGAAAGACAGGCAGUGAGGAAAGCCCUGAUUGAAGAAAGAGCACGAUUCUGCACGUUCGUCUCCAUGCUCAGACCCGCCAUAGAAGAGGAAGUGUGUAUGUUGAGUGAGAUCACGCACCUGCAGUCAAUCUCUGAUGAUCUGAGGUCUUUGACUAUGGACCCUCACAAGCUGCCUCCAUCCAGCGAACAGGUGAUUGCUGAUCUGAAAGGCUCCGAGUGCAGCUGGUCGUAUCAGACUCCGCCCUCUUCUCCCAGCACCACCUCCAGAAAGUCCAGCAUGUGCAGCAGCCUGAACAGUGUGAACAGCAGCGAUUCUCGUUCAAGCAGCUCUCAUUCUCACUCUCCCACAUCACAUUUCCGUUACCGAGGCUCCGCCCUCCCUCAGCAAGGCUCCGUCCGCCUACCCAGUGUCUCCUCCCACGACUCGGGCUUCACCUCUCAGGACACCUGUCAGUCAAAGAGCCCCUCCCCUAUGCCUCCAGAAGGGAGCGUUCAGUGCUCUGACUCGUCCUGCCCUGAUGAGUCAGCUCAGCCAAUCACAGACAGCUGCACUCCCACAUUACCUGACUCCAACACCAAAACUGAAGACAAGUUGGUAAACGGCAGCACGUCCCAGUUUAAUUCAGCGGACCCUUCCCUCUCCAUCGUUCCAUUAUCACCACCUCCUGGCCCUGCGUGGGCGUGGUCUCAACCGGGCCCCGCCCCAGGGCUGGAUUCCGAGCCGUGUUUUCCUCUGGGUCCCGGCACCUUCCCCUCCUCAAACAGCGUACCCAGCUGGAAGGACUGGGCCCGGCCGGGUCCGUAUGACCAGCCGAUGGUGAACACACUGCGCAGGGUGAAGGAGAGGGUGAGGGAGAACAGUGAGUGCAGCAGCUCCAGAGAUGAAGCUCAUAAAGCCAGCCCCAACUCCAGCACUCACAGUAAACCCAGGGACGAAGCUCAUGAGGAGUUGGCCGUGUGUCUGUCUCGUGGUCUGUCGUUGGAUAUACCACGCAGCAGCCGGGAGUCUGUUCAGGGUUCCAGCGGUUACAGCACACAGACCAACACACCAUGCUGCAGCGAGGACACCUACAUAUUUGAUUACGAAUGCUUGCCAGGGGGCGGAGAGCAAGACGGAGAGUCGCAGGAUUGCGACGGGCCCGCCCCGGUUCUGCAGAACACGGACGUGAGCCAGUCGUAUCGCAGAACUUUGCCAGCCAAGCGCCCAUCUCCCUGUGGGCCGGUUAGUAUCACACCGGGCGUGGCCACGAUACGGCGCGCGCCCACCUCGAAGCCGAGCCUGUGGCGCGGGCCGAGCGUUCACGGCCCGAUCCCCAUCAAAACCCCCGUCAUUCCCGUUAAGACACCCACCGUGCCCGCAACGCUCUGCAGCGGGGACGCCGAAAACGCCAGCGUCCCCUCGCCAUCACCCACACCGCUAACACCUAACUCCGUCAGCCAAUCAGACGCUCCGGCGGAUCAGGACGAGGCGGGGCCUGACGAGCACGAGGGCAGCAUGCUGUCGUCUAUCCGGCGAGGGGUGAGCCUCAAAAAAGCCACGACCAACGAUAGAUCCGCUCCGGUUCUCGAUUAAAGAGCUCUGCCUCCUCGACCAAUCAGAACUCGGACAUAGCUGAAACAGUGGUGAUUUUUAGCGACAGUGCUAAUGUUGUCACGUGUAGGAUGGGUAAAGUAGUGCGUACGUCUCACAGUGUUUCAAUAUAUCCAUAACCAUUUAAAGCUGAGAUGUUAAUAUUAUAUCAUAUUACACAACGAUGAUAUGUAGUGGCUUUGUACAGAUACAGAAUUAUUCUGUUCCACUGUCGAUUAUAUUCUAGAUCUUUCUCUGCUACCAGCCCAUCCUCCUAUAGGUGCCAAAACUUUGUGCCUCGUAUUGUAUUUUUCCUUUUAUCUUACUCGAAUCAGGAAUGGCAGAACCGCAAUCAGAGCUGCGCUGGACUUUGACACGUGGAGAGUUUUGUACAUUACGUCGGGUUUGAAGGCCUCGGACGCUGCAGCAGUUCCUGAAGACGUCUCGUUCUUUCUUCUUUUUUUUUUUUGGGUGGGGGAAACGGACAGAAACGGUUCUCUCAGACAGAACCCGGAGCACCGGCUGACGCAUGGGAUCUUCUGUGGAAAAUUCAACUCUGGAGCAUGUUUUCACGUCGUAGCCGUGCUUCGGUGCCUGGCAUCAGCACGUCGUCCUCCCCGAAGUCGACAGUCAGAGACGUGCGUUUAACAGACACCCCCGAACGUUCCUGCGCACGCAGCGGCAGCGGGGGCAAAUCCAGAACGUGCUCACUGGCCUUCCUACUGUCUCUAUCGCUUUCAAAUCCAAACCAACUCUCGCACGUCUAGCAAACAGCUGCCUGAUACCGUUUAACGCCGGAGUGACAUCAUCACUGAAAUCCCAGGCCUGAGAAACCGGACGAAGCUUUCUCACACACACACACACACACACACACACUCAGUAACGUAACACUCGGACAGAUUUCAAAUCCUUCUAACCAGCAUCUCUCAGUGUUUUAUUCCUCUUACACCACAGGGUUUGGGGUUUUUUUUAAUUUAUUUAUUAAUGAACUAAUUGUACUUUUUUAACGUUGUAGAACGUCACUAAACAAAUCAAUUCCUGUCGUCACUUACGUUACAGCAGCUAUAAACAUUCAUUCUCUCACCAGCCUCUCUUUCAUUUCAUUUCUCGCUCUCUCUCUCUUUUGGAGUUUAUUAGACAGAAAACGCAGCUCGUCACGUUAGCGAGAAACCACAAAGUCCUGAAACGCGUAACGUUGCGGCUCUGACACCGGAGACUCCUUCCAUAAAUGUUAAACAAGUAACGACUAUCAGCUUUUUAACCCGUCUACGUGGAACGUCCACCGUGCGAGUCCCCUGCGUACGCUGUCACUAUCGAAACCAGCACGUAUUAGAAGGAGAGCAUUGAUGUAAACCUGGAACUGCUGUCAGACACCUUCGGACCAAUCAGAUUUGAGAAUGCUAUAGCGUGGUGCUGGGAUAAAGAUAGGGGGGUGGGGAGGGGGGUCUCAAGUCAGUCUCGUGGCAAUCUCGAACCAGGACCACAUCCGGUCCCUCAGUGAUGUCACACGGACACGAUGCGGUUUAGGACACAAAAACGUUAGAACAAAGUCUAGAUGUAACUGGAAAAGGCAGAUCUGGACUGCUCUACUUAAGCACUUGAACAUGCACUACAAGGCCAAAAGUUUGUGGACACCUGACCGUUAUGUCGAUGUGCUUGUUGAACAUCUCAUUCCAGAUGUACUCCAUCUUUCCUGUUCUAAUGAGCUGCACUCUUCUGGGAAGGCUUUCCUCUAGAUUUGUGGGGAUUUCAUUCAGCUAGUGAGGAUGAGGUCGGGCUCUGCUGUCGAGGAGGCUCCGGUUCCAGUUGGGUCGAGAUCAGGGCUCCGUGCAGAACCCUCGAGUUUUUCGAUCCUUAACACACCACAUCUUCACAGAGCUCGCUGUGUGCACAGGGACAUGCGUCGUCAUGCUGGAAGUGAAGGGAAACUCUAACUCUACAGUGCACCAGGUGGUCAGGUGUCCACAUAGUUUUGGCCGUCCAGCGCGUGUUUGUGUUAACGCGCUCAAACUUUAAUACAGAAGACCGCUGGAAGUAACUCGUCUUCGAGUGAAAUUCACCGGUAUGUGUAACGCAGGUGCGCUCGGGUUCUGCGUUCAGAAUCCUGUUGACGUUAGGAAAACCACAAGGAAACCUGGUCGGAAAGUGGAACGCUAAAGAAGCACGAGACGACGUCAAACACCAAACGUCUAACAUCUCCGAAUCCGCAGUGCGACCGGCUCUCGUAAACAUCCAUCUUAUUAGCUGUAUCGAGCUAGAAAAUACUAAACUCGGUGAAAAGACAAAGCUAAUCCCCAAACCUGUAAUCACGGGUGAAUCAUAGCGUGUGCGUGUGUGUCAGAUUCAUCACGACGGCUGCUGCACAGUAACACAAGGUCUGUUCAGUGACCCACGUCUCCUCUCUCUCGAUCUCUGUGCGCGUGCUGGUUAAUAUCAGGGUGCGGUCUCUGCACUCCAUUUUGUAGAUGUGGUGUGAAAUUGCACAUCUGGAAGCGAAGGAAAAACACAGUGAACAAACCAUAGUGUGUCACGUGCCAUGAGCUCCAAACUCCAAUCAUCAGAAGAUCUUUGGGUGUAGAAAUAGCAGCGAAGAGUGGGUUUUUUUGUUUGUUUGUUUUUGUUUUUAAUAAGAUGUUCUUGCCGUGGUCCGGUCUUGAUGUAUUGACUUCUCAGUUCUUUACAUGUAUUGUAUCUUUAAUAGCAUUGCAAGUACAAGUCAAAGACAAGUAUUUUGGCUGGAAAAAAAUUAAAAAACAAUUCAUGCUAAAUGUAUUUAAUCAGACAAGACAUUUCUGCUUUAGUUUCCCACCGAGUUAACGACGACGUCGGUCCAGUCACCGGUUUAGCCGCAUGCGAACCGUAUCCGGUUUCCGUUUGUAUGGUAGCAGUAUUACUAAUUCACAGAGUAAGUCUGUAUUAAAGUGAUACAACGCUCAUACUUUAGGCCACGCCCCUUACCCGAGCCAGCUUGUUGCAGCAAGUCCGCACGACCCUGAACUGGAGGCUGUAAUCUUCCUUCGCCUUUUCUCUUUCUUUACUUCUUUCGUUAAGCAAACGUCAGACCCAGGACACGUCUUGUCUGAUCAAGUACGUGUGGAAAAAUUGUGUACGUUUCAUUCCCGGUUGAAAUAUUUCUCUGAAUGUAAAAGUAUAAACCUCGAAUCUCCGGGUCCGAGUCGUCGUUUCCUCUCUGCCACGUGUGUAAUAAACGCUCAGUGUGCUCUCUGCUGUAUAAUUUUAGGCCUGAGUGAUGCUCAGGCACAAAGGGGUCUAGAAUGUUCUACUUUAGCUGAUGCCUUACGCAUAUGAUGCUGAUGCUGUGUGUGUGUGUGUGUGUGUGUGUGUGUAAAUGACUAUACAGAGAUAUUGUAAUGUAGCUGCUCGGUCAGUAUACCGUGACAUAAGUGGCUCACGUUUAUGAAUGUAAGGAUUAGCGCGCGAGGACGGGAUUUAGAACUGCAGUUUUGCUUCAGGAGGUUGUUUCACGUGUCCAACUGCUGUUUUAGCUAAUAAACUAUUAACGCUCACGUGUCAAACA